AUGCGGAAUUUGUGGUUGAGAAUCAGGCCAUUUGGCUGUUGUUGCCAUUGCUAUUCAUGUAUUGAGAACCGACAUGUUCAGGUCCGGAGACUAUCAGUCGCCAUCGCGCGAUUCAGAUGUGGUCGAGGUUUUCCGCCACUUUUGAACGACAGCUUCUGGACCUCAUCUCGCGAAACACUGGUUAUGAGACAGCGACAGCGUUUCCAGUCUGGGGGGGCAGUGAAAAAAGAGAAAUGUCAUGAUCAAGAGCAGGUGUUCGAAAAUAAAGAGCCAUUAUUUCAAGCAGGAUCAGGGAACGGCUUGCCUACAUCUGUUUCAUCAAAAGCAGCGGAUCACAUUCGGAGAGAAGAAGGGGGCCAAUCGGAUACCGAAAAAAGAGAAAAGAAGUUAAAAGAGGCUGCCAAUGACCUGCGCUCGCUAUCUAUUGACCACUGGUCUCUCGAAGACGUUGUCACCUACGAACCCAUGCCUGGAGGAGCGACUCCACCAACCGUCCCCUCUACGACAAAAGCGGAUCCGAAGUACAUGAUGCCACAAUCGCCAUGGGCGCCAGAUCAUCUCAAAAGACAAAACUACGCAAGAGUAUGGACGCGGAAGAAGAUAGCGAAGAUGGAGACGGCAAUUGCGCUCUUCACGGUCAGAGUUUGCCGCCUUCUGGAGCUGAACUCGCAGCGCCCAUCCAACCUGAUUGUUCUGCCAGAAGCUAUCCGACCUUUCGCCAGGCUACCCGCAGAAGAUCAUGAAUAUAUGGAGCAGGCGCUCAAACGUCACCUUGGGAUUCUACGAAAUAAACUCGGCUUCGUCGCUCCCCACGAUCCUCCCCAUGCCCCGGAAGAGAUCGAUGUUUUCAUACCUAAGUACGAGCAUUUUGAGGACGGCCUUCAUCACGAACUUUUGCGAGACCUUAAUGCAUCCCUUGUCGAGCUUUUUGAAGGUUAUAAAUACCUACAUCUUGAUUUUCGAACUCUGAUGGUCAAGAUAUGUCACAAUCUAUUGGUUUCCUCAGCACCACCAAACGUUCAAACCAUGAAUAUUCUGCUCCUGGGAUUCUAUUCUUGUGAUAGAUACUUGACUCUCUCCACUUCGCACGUGCGUCACCUCGUCCUAGAUUGGCUUAUCGACAUCUGUCGGACUGUCAUGAUCCGACCAAACGAAAUCACCUGCUCCACUAUCCUUGCCACCUAUCGUAAGCGUGGCAUGCGCGACGCUUUUGUGGACUUUAUAUUUCUCAUGCGUGGCAUGGGCGGCGACCGCGCGCUCAUGUACACAAAGGACCUGACCAUCACCCGGGAAAGCGCCCCUCGUUUAUCACCCACUAAGACAAGCCCCACAGUAUUUAAGCAAGCCGUCUACCCUUCACCCAUGAUUUUCGCAGAAGUAAUCAAAGGAGUGGCUAAAUUCUACACUCUGGAGGAUGCCGUGGCAGUUUGCAAGGAAUUCACGGCAAAGGAAUGGGGCUACGACUGGAGGUGCUUGCAUUAUCUUCUAAAUGCGUGCAUCAUCGCCAAGGAUUGGCAGAGUGGUCUCUGGGUGUGGGAUGAGAUCAAAGCGUUUCGAGCUGCUGGAUAUGAGGAGCCUGUACGCAUAUUAGCUGCCAUGCUCGCCCUCUGUGUUCAAUGUGAACAGGAGCAGAUGUUCAAUGACGUCCUUGAGUACUCUGCAAAGCAACUCCGCAACAUUUCUAAGGCAGCUUUCGUUGAUAUAGCGACGGAAAUACUGGAGCGCGCUGUCGACAAAAUGAACGAUGAUGAGCUUGCUGCGUUGGAGUCCAGAUUCACGAAAGGUAAAUCUGUCGAAAGAUUGCACGAACAACGCGCAUUCGAAGCUAGCAUCCGCAGAAGGCUGAAAGACGACCCCGUAUUCAAGCGUGCCGUCUUUGGAUUUGGUUAUGAUGUAUUAAGUGAAGAGCACAGAAGGAAAAAACCUCAGCGAGAGUCUGAGCACAAUCCACAGGGUAUCGGCCGAAAAUUAGACGAACAGCAGAAGAUCGUAGACGUAGAGGACAUGAAUGAGGUGCUUCUGGCCGAAGAAGAGAAUGAUGUAACACGUCCUGGUAAAGAUACCAAACAUAACCUGUUGCAGGAUGCCGAAGGAGGCAUUGACGUUGAUGAAGACAAUACGAAUUCUCCUUCUAGUCCUGACAGGGGGAAAGGACAUGAACAGUAA